UUGAGCUUCAAUGAGCAUAUUGCAGAAAGAUUUCACCAUGUGAUGAUCUACGUAUGACUCAUCCAUACAGUCCUGAUUGGUUCGCCUGAAUAUUUAUUUCCGUGGAAGUCAAACCAACUACCAACCUCCGGGUCCAAGCAGCUACUUGCAUCAGUCACAUGCCUGCAUCCGUCCCUACACAUCAUACCCUCAUAGACUAUUGCAUCAGAUACAUAACAUCAGGCAACUGAAGACGUCACAAUGAUACAGAAUAUAUCACUAAGUGUAUUCAUAUUCAUAACAACAGUGCAACUGAUUGGGUCACAAGUAAUCAGCGGGAAUAAUGUCUUGAACAUGUGCACCACGGAACAGCAAAGGAGAAUCCUACCCACGAUGUUGGGGUGCGCAAUACGUGACGAAAUUAUUGAAUUAGACCUACCCAACGCGACCUAUCUUCAUGUCUAUCCGCGGCAUGUCACGGUUCGGAGAUGUGGUGGAUCUUGCCAAGGAAGCCAUCAUUCGUGUUUACCCCUCACAACGGAAUCCAGAAAUGUCGAUGUGCACCUAUUUCCCAGUUCAGGCAUAUCCGGAGCCACCCCUUCAGAGUGCGCCAAGGCUGAGAUUAUAGACCACGCCUCAUGCGGUUGUUCCUGCAAGACCUCAGCCGAAGAUUGUACACCCGGACUGCAGGUGUUCACGCCCAAUGAAUGUCGUUGUGUUUGUGUCAAUGAACGCGCCCGCAGUGACUGUUUGAAUCGGGGAUGGUAUUGGAAUUCGCCUUUGUGUCAAUGCAUGUGCCAGAAUCCGAUGUCAUUCCCCAGAUGCCCGUCGGGAUAUCAUUAUGACGGCAUGAACACGUGCUCAUGCGUCAACUAUAGUGAAUAUGCCUCGCCCAUUUUGGAAGUCUUGGUUUUGAUCCUCAUUAGUGCAGUAGGGAUCACCACGCUAAGCUUAGCCCAAUGCUACAAGCAUGGCAUCGGGAUCUUCCAUAGCACGAACACCAACAACAUCAGGAUUAGCCAUUCUCGGGAGCGAAAUGCGACAGAAUUGAGGACCUUAUUCCGUGCAUUGAGUUCAAGUUCCCAGCGUGGUCAUAUUAGUUGGUUGGGUUAUAGUCAAAUUAAUGAAACUCCUUCACCAUCUUUGACCACGAAUAACUCGAACUCUGAUCUUGUGUCAAGCUCACAUCCAGAGACAACUAUUAUACGGAAUCAGAAGAAAGUGGCGAAUUUAGAGCCCCUUCCAGAAGAAAAAGAAAAUCAUUAUUAAAUGUGGGACCUUUGUUCGAAUUUCCCUCUCACUUCCGGUGUACCUGCUAAGAAGGAAAAAUAAUCACCAGAUCCAGUUCGAUUUACUGGUUCCAUUUGUUUUUCCAUUUAUUUGUGUGAUGAUUGUAAUCAUUUCGGAUCAUGCAGAUCUUCUCUUGUACAAUCGAUGAAUCUCAGCUGUGAGACAAUAACAAAAUUCAUUCCUUGUUCUCCACGUC